AUUUUAUCAUUUAAGAGCACCACAACGGACGUGAAUUAUCCAAUAAUUAGUAUUUUAGUAUGAAAGAAAAACAAACGAACCUCGUGAAAUCGUAACAAGAUUUUUCGAACCGCGAAAUGUGGCGGCUACAAAUAGCUACAGAAAAUCGACUGCACUGCCAUCAUCCUAACCACCUGAGAAGCUCGUUGCACAACACCGUAAGAGGAAGUGGAUAUCGCAGAUUGCUACUAUAUAGAAUUAACACCAUGUGACAUUUUGAGGUUAAUAUAAUAUCAUCUGAAUUUAUGGUGCUGACGAAAAUAUAAAAAUGGAAAACAAUAACAGCGUUUCAGAACGAAAAUGUGCGCGAAAACAACGUCGUGCUCACCAUCGUCUCGUGAGAGACAUGAACAUAAAAUGCACCGAACAACCAACCGAAAACAUAGUCGUCUGCAAUGCUGGCCUUGUCACAGGACUUUGUCGAGAAACUUUAGAACUUAUUGUUCAGGAAGUUCUGAGUGAUUACUGGGUAUCAAUGCCGUCUGGAAAAUCUUACUGUUUCGUAAAAUGUAAAUCUAAGGAUGAUGCACUGACAUUGUAUAAUAAAAUACAUGGCCGAAAAACCCUUGACAAAUCAAAAAAUCCCUUGUAUUUGUCAUUUGUAGAAACUGUUCCAGUUUUUGAGGAAGAAAAAUCCACUGAGCCUAGUCUCCCUCCUGGUUUGGUACUUAUUGAGGAAAUUAUUACGCCGGAAGAAGAAAUUCUGCUAUUGCAGAGCAUCGAUUGGGACAAAAAUGGACAAACAUUACCUGAUCUGAAACAUAGAAAAGUCAAGCAUUAUGGUUACGAGUUUCGUUACGAUACAAAUAACGUGGACCCGAAUAAUCCAAUCGAGCCAAUACCGCAAGAAUAUCACUUUUUGCAAAAAUUGUUUACAAAACAUGAGUGUGGGAAAUUCCAGUAUGAUCAACUGACCAUUAAUCAUUACUUGCCUGGCCAAGGAAUUCCACCGCAUAUUGAUACCCACAGUGUUUUUGAGGACCCGAUUCUUUCGCUGUCAUUGCAGUCUGCUUGUGUAAUGGAUUUCAAACGAGGCGACAGAAAAAUUAGUCUUUUAUUACCUCCUCGAUCGCUUUUAAUAAUGUCCGGAGAGUCAAGAUACGCUUGGUCUCACGGAAUUUGUCCACGACACAAUGACAUCAUCAACACAAGUACCGGAAUAACGACGCAAGAGCGAGGCACUAGAAUAUCUUUCACGUUCCGAAAAGUUCGUUCCGGCAAUUGUCCGUGUUUUUAUGACGAGUAUUGCGACACAAGGGAAAAUCUUUCUGAACGAAAUAUCGGAAAUUCUGUUGCACCAGGAUUGGAGUCUUCUUACGUUCACGAGGUUUAUGAACAAAUAUCCAGUCAUUUUGACGAAACUCGGCACAAACAAUGGCCCAACGUUUCAAAAUUCAUUGACACGAUACAGCCGGGUGGUUUGCUUCUCGAUGUCGGAUGCGGAAAUGGAAAAUAUCUCAUAAAUAAGCCAAACAUUAUUAAGCUUGGUUGUGAUCGCAGUUCUGGUCUCGCUGCAAUCUGUCGAAAAAGAGACUUCGAAGUUUUUUUGUGCGACUGUCUCGCUUUACCAUUUGCGAGUGAUUCGGUCGAUGCAAUAAUAAGUAUAGCGGUGAUCCAUCAUUUGUCGACGGAGGAGAGAAGAAAGCAAGCAAUUUCAGAGAUGAUUCGUGUGCUGAGACGAGAUGGACGAUGUCUGAUUUACGUUUGGGCGAAGGAGCAGCAAAAAGAUUCGGUAGAUUCGACGUACUUGAAAUUCAACAAUCCGCAAAAGAAAAAGCAAACAACGGAGAAGAGCACUGAAAUACGAGCUAUCGCAGAGACAGGAUUAAUUUUACCGGUUCAUGAAAAUCGUACGAAUUUCAAUCACAGCGACGUUCUCGUUCCAUGGAAGAGAAAAGGGGGUGGAAACUUUUUACGCUUUUACCACGUAUUCGAAGAGAACGAGCUAUUUGAUUUGUGCUCGAAACUGUCGAGCACGAGUGUAGAAAAAAUAUACUACGAUCAGGGUAAUUGGUGCGCGAUACUUCGAAAAAUAUAAGUGAAAAAAGUAA